ACAGUCCACUGUGCGACAGUCGCUUUUCCACUCUCACCGACGGGCAAACCACUGUUGCUCGUGAACCAACGAGAUUCGCCUCGCCUCACCUGCUGCACCGUCUGCAGUACUGUACUGCUUCAGAUGACGGACUAGCAAACAAGCAAGCAAGUCCAUUCACUUAUCAGACCGAGCAUUAGCCGUUCACCAAACAAGUAACACUUACGAUUUCCCGUUUAUUUUAGCGUCGGCAGUUUAGCGACUCUCCGUCCUCGCGCCGGGUUGAUCAUGUGCGCUAUCUGCUCUCGUCAGGUCAGCUGAUGCGAGGUUAGCUCAUUGCUCAUCGCUCAUUGCUCAUCCCUCAUUGGUCACCACCCUCGCCACCUGCACCGGCCUCCGUCCUCGCAUCAUCGUCUCCUGUCCUGCCUUCUCUCCCGGCCAAAUCCCCAGCUUCCUCCCCAUGCCGCCUUCGCAGCAAGCCUCUCUCGUCGCAGCGCGUGUUGCGUAGCCAUUAGCGGCGCGCGCGCGGACAGCAACCCGUUGAAAUCCGCACUCGAAUCCCGCACGAGAGGAAUCAACAUGGAAACCGCCGCCACUGCCGCCGCCACCGCUAGCGCCACAGCCAGCGCUAGCGCCAGCCCCCAGUGUGCAUGGCGGAGGGAGAGCGGUGCAUGCGGGGCGAGCGCGGAGCGACGAGAAACAGGGAACGAGACGAGCGCAUUAAUCGACGACCAGUCAAACCAGGAAGUGGUGCGCGGCUCGCCAGAGGAGCAAGGGCGAACGCCCGCUGAAUGCGCCCAAGCGCCGGGGCGGGGAGAUGAGCGCACGGUAGGGGCAGCGGCGGAGGCGGCGGGAGCGGAAGCGGGGGCGGGGGCGGGGGCGGGGGCGGGGGCGGGGGAGGCGGAGGCAGCAGCGGCGGCGGAGAAGGAUCCGGUGCGGUCGUUCGCGCACUCGAGUCACAUGGUGGCGUCGCCCCCCUUCGACACGUCCGACCUGCACAUCUCGCCCACGCGCUUCCUCGGCGCUGGCACGUAUGGCGAGGUGCGCAUGGGGUCAUGGCAUGGCCAGGCUGUGGCAGUGAAGAUCCUAAAGAAUGCUGCCGACUCUCUCCUGCGCACCUUCUUUCUGCGCGAGGUGGCGAUCACACGGCUGGUGCAGCACCCCAACAUCGUGCGCUUCCUGGGCGCCAAGACCGACGCCAUGCCCUUCAUGCUCGUCACCGAGAUGCUGCCCAUGAGAUGCUGCCCCUGGUGAGAUGCGGGGUGACAAUGGUGGGGGG